CCGGCCCCACCAAUGGGGAAAGGCGCUGCCGGGUAGCAACAAGCGGCGGCGGCCAAUCAGCGGGGCGGGGGGGUGGUGCCGCGCUACUUCCGGCAAUAGCCCUGCGGCCCGGGGCCUGUGGGGAGCGGCGGCGCUGCCAGAGAAACCAUGCCUUUUUUGGGCCAAGACUGGAGAUCCCCUGGAUGGAGAUGGGUUAAAACAGAAGAUGGAUGGAAACGAUUUGAACCCUUCAGCCCUGCACUUGAGAACAAGAACAAUCAGCUUAAUGACAUCAGUCACACUGUCAUUUUAACAGGUGAUGAAGAUGAAGAAAUAUACACUACAGAGGAUUGUGAAUUUGCAGCCAAGAAAAGGAAAAAAGACCACUGUAGUAAUAACACAAAUUCACAAUGUUUUUAUCGUGAAAAUUGGAUUUAUGUCCAUAAGGAAAGCACCAGAGAAAGACAUGGCUAUUGUACUUUGGGAGAAGCUUUUAAUCGCUUAGAUUUUUCAAGUGCAAUUCAGGACAUCAGAAGGUUCAAUUACGUGGUCAAACUCUUGCAGUUAAUUGCAAAGUCUCAGUUAACUUCACUGAGUGGUGCAGCACAGAAGAACUAUUUUAACAUUUUGGACAAAAUUGUGCGGAAAGUCAUGGAAGACCAAUAUAAUCCACGAUUAAUCAAAGAUCUCCUACAGGAUUUGAGUUCUACUCUUUGUAUACUAAUUAGAGGAGUAGGAAAAUCUGUUCUGGUUGGAAACAUUAAUAUUUGGAUUUGCCGAUUAGAAACUAUCCUUUUGUGGCAACAACAGCUAAAAAACCUUCAGAUGAACAAGCAAGUCAACAAUGGUCUUACACUUAGUGAUCUCCCUCUGCAUAUGCUGAGUAACAUCUUGCACAGGUUCUCUGAUGGCUGGGACAUUAUUACCUUAGGUCAAGUGACCCCAACUCUGUACAUGCUCAGUGAAGACAGGCAACUGUGGAAAAAACUAUGCCAGUACCAUUUUGCAGAAAAACAGUUUUGUAGGCAUUUGAUUCUAUCAGAGAAAGGCCAUAUUGACUGGAAGCUGAUGUACUUUGCACUUCAGAAAUGCUACCCAAUAAAGGAGCAGUAUGGAGACACCUUGCAUUUCUGUCGACACUGUAGUAUUCUCUUCUGGAAGGACUACCAUCUUGCUUUGUUACUCAAGGAUGGAGGACACCCCUGCACAGCCAGUGAUCCAAACACCUGUCUUAUGCCAGUAUCUCCUCAGCAUUUCAUUGACCUCUUCAAGUUUUGAGAUGUUCAGUAGCUGUUCUCCUGUGUUGUGACCAUUUUUGUGAGGAGUCAGGCAGGAUCUGUCAUGCUUCUUGUGCAAUAUAUUUAAUUGUUUUGUUGUCGUUUAAAAAAUGGAUAUUGGGGGGACCUUAUCAGACAGGUAUAUUUGGAGUGCUGGUCUUCAGCAGAAGAGAGCUGAGGAGGAGAAAAUACUUAAAAUCUUUGUUAGGGAAUCUGCAUUGAAUGACCAUUGUAAUUGCAAUUUUAAAUACAUUUUUGAUGCCUUAAUCAAUUAAAAUAAUCAGUUAAAGCUACGUGGAAGAGUUUUGAAAAUUUAUUGGAAGAGUUAAAUUAUUCUUAUAGGGACCAAAGGAGUUUUUUUUGUUUGUUUUUUGCUGAUUCCUCUUUCUUUAAGCCACUGUUUUCAAAACACUUCCAUAUAAUUUACGCCAUUAUAAAGAAUAGGCCAAUAAUUCUCUUGGACUUCUAUCAGUUACCAGCAAGGCAUUAAUUGUUGUGAGCUAGUGAAUAAAAUAUAGCUGUAGUUAUAUAUCUGAACCUAUAAAUAAAGGAAAUAACCAAUUUUUUGUAUGUACAUUAUGCAAAAAUUCUUAUUUUUCUUAAGAGGACUUUAUUAAAUAUAUAACCUAUCUCAGCAAACUCUAACUCGACACCUGGGGCUGCUGGAAAAUGACUUUUGUAGCUACAGCUUUCAUUUAUAGUACAAAUGCAACUGCAUUAAUUCAUCUUCUAAGAAGAAGACAUUACUGAAAUCUAACAAGAAUGGAGUUGCUUGUUUCUAAACUGUGUCAGGACAAUGCAAACUGAGGUUCCAACCUGAGAAGCCAAGGAAAAUCCUGGAAGGUAGUCUGAGCUGAAGCACCUUCUGCUAGGUUAAUCAGGUAACAAAUUCUCCGGGAAGCUAUCUUAUUCUAUUCUGUAAAGCAAAAGUAAUUGCAGAGUUGCAAUUUUUCCUUUACCUGUCUGAGAAGUGUUGGUACUGUUGAUGAAAUUUAACCAAUAAUAUGUGAUGUACAGAAAAAUAAAACUUACUAUAUUCUGCGCUUGCUUAUUCUGAAUCUAGUUUUGCACAGUGUAAUAAAUCAUGGUUUUUAUUACUCCUUUACAUCUGUCUUGCAUAGAUGAACCCAUUGAAUUUUAUAGUAAGAUCUUUCUAUAGCCUGUUCUUUGUAGUGAUUCGUAACAGAAUGAGAAAGAUGCAAGUAGUGCAAGUGCCAUUGCUUUUCAGUAAUUGGUUGUAUCAGCACAUCUUUUUUUGAAUGGGACAGUUAAAGCUUCUUAAUAGGUUACAUAAGAAGAGACUUAGAAUAUAGCUUUAUUCACUCAAAUUUUAGUCAUAUCAAUCCUUCUCUUUUAACUUAAUGAUAGGUAGAUUUCUCAGUACAGGGAUUUGUUUUUUUUCUUCCACUGAAGGUGUCUGCUGUGGUUACUGUAGCCUCAAACUGUGGAGCUGUUACAUCUCUUCAUAAUGUUGCUGUAAGCCUUGCUUUGUUGGCCCAAGCACUGCUCUAGCUGCUGGAUUUGUUGAGGAACCAGCAGCUCUUAAGACUUGAACCCAUAACAUUGCGAACUUUGUUUUCUGUCUGUAGGAGCCCUUGUAACCUUGCAGUGGUUGAAGAAUGCUGCUAUUCAUGCAUCUUUUUUUAAUCAGGGCUAGGGUUUUGCAACUCUCCAUGAAACUUCAUGUUCAAGGGCCCUACCUACUCUGUCUCCUGUACAUAAGUUUACAGGAAUGGUCCUAAGAGCUGAAAGUUACUUUCCCUAGUGUCUAAGCUGAGUAGAAAAAAAAAACUGAAAAGGGAUUUUAAAGGCUUAAAGAAGGAAAAGUCUGUUAAUUUUCAGUCCUAUUACAAGUGUCAGAUAAGUCAGGCUUAAUCUUUUGCUCCCUAUAACUACUUGUCCUGCUCUUUCCUGUGUAGCAGAAAGCCUUUGCCAGGCCUGUAAGGCCUCUCAGAUGGCAGUAGCUAAGGCGACAAGAAGCAGGACAUGUACUUUUAGUCCUCUGCCCUAAGCAUUUCACUGGACAAUUGCAGACUGAAGUUGAAAGGGAUGGCUGGAAGCUCAAAAGGUCUAACCCUAUGGCCCAGGCAGGACCACCCUGUCCAGAUGGCUUUUGAAGAUCUGCAAGGAAGGAGACUCCACAACCUCUCCGGGCCUGUGCCAGUGCUGAUCACCUGUAUGGUAAAGAAGUGCUUCAGACAGUACCUGCAGUGUUUCAGUUUAUGCUUCUUGUCUUGGCCCUAACCUCUGCUGAAAAGAGCCUGGCUCCAUUCUCUGUGUACUCUGCCUUUAGUUAUUCUUAGACAUUGCUAAGAUUCCCCCCCUCAGCCUCUUCUCCUGGCUAAACACCUGGCUAAACAGUCCCAGCCGUUCAUAGUAGGAAUGUUCCAGUCCUUUAACAACCUCCAUGGCCCUUCACUAGCCUCUCUCCAGUAUGUCUGUGCCUUGCAGGGGAGAGCCAGGAACUGGACACCAGGCUCCAGCUGUGGCCUCAGGAUACCAUUAGCCCUUAUUAGCAGUAAAAGCAUAUCACUGGCUUAUCAACUU